GACAGGGCUGAGUCCUUUCGGGAAAAUCCGACCGGAUUUGACACGCAUCACUUCAACUCCAGCGCAGCUCCACACGUCAGGACACACAGCUCUCAUUGUCACUUUACAACCGGACAGAGUGUUCUGGAACAACAUGGGAAACGUGCAGCCCACCAUCGUCCCAUAUGAGGACUUCGAUGUCACAGCUGAUAUCAAGGCGAUCAGAAAAGCUUGUAAAGGUUUCGGCACAGACGAAGAGGUCAUUAUUCAGAUCUUGGCCAAUCGCUCUGCAGCUCAGCGUGUGGACAUCAAACAGGCCUACUUUGAGAAGUAUGAUGACGAGUUAGAGGAGGUCCUGAAGAAGGAGCUGACAGGUAGUUUUGAGAAAGCCACCAUAGCCAUGUUGGAGCCUCCUCAUAUUUACUUCACCAAGGAGCUGAGGAAGGCCAUGAAGGGGGCGGGCACGGACGAAGACGUACUGGUGGAGAUCCUGUGCACAUCCACCAAUGAGGACAUCUUGAGCUUCAAGAGCACUUAUGCACAGGUGCACGAGCGUGAACUAGAGGCCGACAUUGAGGAUGACACCAGUGGAGACGUGAGGAACCUGCUGAUGUCACUGCUGCAGGCGAGCAGAGACGAAGGCUAUGAAGUGGAUGAGAGUUUAGCCGAACAGGAUGCCACAUCUUUGUUUGAGGCAGGAGAAGGCAGAUGUGGCACAGAUGAGUCCACCUUCACCUUCAUCCUGACACACAGAAACUACAUGCAGCUUCAGGCCACCUUUAAGAUCUACGAGUCGCUUUCAGGAACAGACAUUUUGGACACUAUUGACUCUGAAGCAACAGGAACUCUCAAGGACUGCUACAUAACUCUGGUCAGGUGUGCUAAGAACCCGCAGCUGUAUUUUGCCCGACGCCUUAAUGCCGCCAUGAAGGGACUGGGCACUGAUGAAGACACACUCAUUCGGAUGAUUGUAGGCCGCUCUGAGAUCGACCUGGAGACCGUGAAGGACAUGUACCUGGAGAAAUACGAUGUCACCCUGAAAGACGCUCUGGAUUCAGAGUGCGGUGGCGACUUCAAACGCCUCCUCAUUGAGAUCCUGCACUAAAGCUUCUCACCUUCCUCCUACAGGCCUUAUUUAACCAAUGUGAAACAGUUUUUUCUCUCUCAUCCUUCCUCCUCUUCUAUGUACUCCGUCUUACUCAUUCCCUUUGUGGACGUCUUUCUGACAGUCAGUUCUCAUUGCAGCAUGGACCAAAAACCAACUCAUUAUUAUAUUAUACUGUGUUUUACUAAUGAAACAUUGACAUUCAUAGUCUUUGAACACACUGUUUUUCCAACAUACAAUGAAUGUUAUUCCUUUUAACAGUACUAUGGCAUCAUUGUUGAACGUAUGUGGAACUUGUGCAGCUGAUCGUGUUCAUGUAUUCAUCCAAAUGAAUAGUGUUAGUCCAGUUCUUUAUUCAUAAUCAAAAGCUUGAAAGUCUUUUUAUGUUAUAGCUGUAGUUUACCAUUUCAAGCGUAUCCCAAAUAGGAAAAUAUUAAGAGGCUGCUGCUGCUCAACAUAAAUGAUGUGUUAUAUUUGA